GAUACAAUAGAGCCUCCCACCGUAGGUGCUCGGGCCCUAAUAAUGGUAAAUAAAUACUGUGCUUCAGCUGCCAACUCCAGUGUUUCCUCUUCUGCAGGGGUGAUGGCCUUGCUGCGUUCCCUGAUACUGGACGUGGUCCCCAGCAUCCAGCAGACUGCAGCCUUGGCUCUGGGCCGCCUGGCCGACCACAGCAUUGACCUGGCGGAGGUCGUGGUGAGGGAAGACAUCCUGCUUCAUCUUGUCCAUUCUUUGCCUUCGAAAAAUAGGUUCUUUAAGAAAGCAGCAUCGUUUGUCCUUCGGGCUGUGGCCAAACACUCUUCCGGCCUGGCCCAGGCUGUGGUGGCCUGUGGGGGUGUUGAUGCCAUGGUCCUUUGCCUGGAGGAGUUUGACCCCGCGGUGAAGGAGGCCGCAGCCUGUGCUCUAUGCAACGUCGCCCAACACAAUGAGCUGUUGGCUCAGACCGUGGUGGAUGCGGGGGCCGUCCCUCUGCUGAUGCUCUGUUUCCGGGAACCAGAGAUGGCACUGAAACGCAUCGCGGCCUCCACCCUCAGCGAAAUCUGCAAACACACGCCGGAGUUGGCGCAGGCUGUGGUGGACACCGGUGCCGUGCCGCACUUGGCGCAGAUGAUCCUCAACCCGGACGCAAAACUCAAGAGGCAGGUGUUCUCAGCCCUCAGUCAGAUCAGCAAGCACUCGGUCGGCCUGGCAGAGAUGGUGAUCGAGGCAGAGAUCUUCCCUGCAGCCCUGAUCUGCCUCAGAGAUCCAGACAAGUAUGUGAGGAAGAAUGUCACCACUCUGAUGAGGGAGGUGGUGAAGCACUCACCAGAGCUGUCCCAGGUGAUUGUGAACUGUGGUGGCAUGUCAGCAGUCAUCGAUUCUCUGGGUGACUGCCAAGGAAGCCUGCGGCUGCCGGGGAUCAUGAUGCUGGGAUACGUGGCCACUCACAGUGAGAACCUCGCCAUGGCCGUCAUUCUCUCCAAGGGGGUGCACCAGCUGGCCCUGUGUCUUUCUGAGGAGCCCGAGCAUCACAUCAAGGCGGCCACGGCCUGGUCCAUCGGCCAGAUUGGGUACCACACGCCUGAGCAUGCGAAGGCUGUGGCCACAGCGAACCUGCUACCCAGUCUGCUGCGGCUCUACAUGGAGGCCGGUAGUUCAGAGGACCUACAGGUCAAAAGUAAGGACGCUUUGAAGAGCAUCCUGCAGAAGUGCACCUACCUGCCUGCUCUGGAGCCCCUCCUCUACGAUGCCCCCAGCAACAUCCUCAAACAUGUUGUGUGCCAGUUCAGCAAGGUGCUGCCUCAUGACAGUAAGGCCCGACGUUUGUUUGUGACCAGCGGGGGUCUGAAGAAGAUGCAGGAGAUGGAUGCUGAGCAGGGCUCUCUUCUGCAGGGGUACAUCAACACCAUCAACAGCUGUUUCCCUGAGGAGAUAGUGAGGUACAACACCCCCGGCUACUCAGAGGUCCUGUUGGAGAAGUUGGAGAACUACAAGCUCCCCUGACAUCACUUCUCAACACACAUUUAAGGAUGUAGCCUUCACAUAUCUUUAGAGUUCAUUUAAAGUUUCCACGCUGGCAACAGCUAGUGGCCGGAGGCGAAAUGUUAAUGGGUUAUCUGUCAGUCCCAUCCUUGUGAAAACAAUAUCUUAUCUCUCUCUCUAAAAAACACACACAAAGACACACACCAACUCAGCUGACAUCUCUGACCCGAUAGCUAAAAUGUUGAUAUGUUUGAAAU